AUGACCGAACCCACGCCAAUUGAGCAAAGCGUUGCACAGCAGAUCGCACCCCCCAACCCCCCUACAGAAAUCACGUCCCUAGAGCGCGUCUCCCUCCCACGGAUCUCAAUCCAAUUCUGCACCCAGUGCAAAUGGAUGCUGCGAGCUGCAUAUUUCGCGCAGGAGCUCCUCUCCACAUUUGGCACGGACCUCGGUGAGGUAGCGCUUGUACCAAAGACCGGGGGUGUUUUUACAGUUACGAUUUGGUAUUCUGGUGCUGGUUGCGAAGGUGAAAAUGGGGUUACGACGCAAGAGACGAUUCUGUGGGAUCGUAAGAGAGAUGGUGGAUUCCCUGAGGUUAAGGCGCUGAAGUCACUGGUGAGGAAUGUCAUUGCUCCGGAGAGGGAUUUGGGGCACACAGACCGGGCGUUGAAGAAAAACAAGGAAGAGGAGGAUAAGAAGAAGCAGGAGUCUACGGAUGAGAAGAAGGAUUGUGAGGAUUGUAAAUGA